CUUUGAUCAGCCUGCAUUUUGCAGUGAGGCGUACGGGAGUCGGGUCGCACUCCAGUCGAGAGUCAUACAUUUGCGCAAGUCAUGCGGCUGUAGAGGGCGAUGCCUCCGCCUCCAUCGCCCUUUGCGGCUCCCCAUUCCAGGCUAUCUAUGUAUAUCAGUCGUCCCUCCCUAGCAUUCUCUAGCUUUGAACACACGCAGACUGUGCAAUACUGGGCCAAACCUUCGAGAUUGUUGGGAAUUAUCUGUAUCAACUCACAGCCCGCUCACGUGCUCUCAUCGCCAUGCCUUGGUCCAGCCAAGGCCCUCAGCCUUACGGCAACGGAGUCAACUCUAAUUAUCCUAAUUCCGGUUACAACGGCUACGGCUCCUCUGCACCCUACAGCAAUAACUCCUAUGGCCAACAACCUCAGCCUUGUUACGAUCAAUACGGCAAUCAGAUCAACAACAAUGCGUACAACGCGCAACCUCCUCGACCUGUAUAUGACCCACAGCCACCUCGCCCUUCCUAUGACUCGCAAAACUCAAGCCAAGCCCUCCUGACUCCUCCUGCUGAACCCCAGCUCCGAAGGAAAAGGAGUAAGAGGGAGAUGGUAGGAAAGGCUGCAGAUACACUGGGUAAGGCUAUGAUAGGUGCGGGAGCUUUAGCUACGCCUUUCGCUGUGAUCGACCCCUUCGUUACACCUAUCGUGGCAGGUAGUGUUAUUGCAGCGGGUACCGCACUCCGGACGGUUGUCUACGCCUGCAAGAAGUGCGGUAAAAAGUUUAGGGACUCGGCGGAGACCGUGCCAAGAAGGAUAGAGCUUUGUAGCGGUUGUUAUUGACAGUUUUGAAUUUCCUGUCCGGCUUUGUCAUAUAUUUCGGUUUCUCAUUAUGUGGGCUGGGACAGUUUACCUCUAGGAGCGAAUCUUAGGUCUGAUGCGCUUCCUUGACUCACUUCGUUGUCGCUCAUCUACUUUAAUAUCUCGAAUACCGGUGAUCAUAAGCCAAUGGAAGCUCCUGCUGCAUGUGGGUACCGCAAAUUUUCUCAUUAGCUGCUUCCUCACCGCCCACUCCUUAACAUCAC